AUGGUAUUAAAUAAUGCGUCUCAACGAUGGCUAGCCCCGCCAGCCAUAAAUGACCAUCCAUUUGUAAAUCUCAACCCAGCCGAAGCAGCUUUACAAGAUGCGCCUCCGGCUGCUCCAUUGCUUCCACUCCUGCACCCUAUACAACCCGAAAUAAUUAUUGCCACUGGCGUCGAAGCUAACGCCAAUGAAAACACAAAUGGAACCGACGAAAGUAGCGAGGAUGGUAGUGCUGCAGGACCAUUGCCUCCAGUCUUUGCCAUGGAGGCUGAUAUUAUCGAUGCCACACGUUACGACGACGUUCAAGAUGUACUACAGCUUCCUUCUAAGCAUCAAGGCUCCUUUUAUCAAGCUCUUUCUCCUGUCUUAGAACACCAAUAA